GUGAGAGAGAGAAAGAGACCCAUUUUUCGAGAUGGAUCUGAGUCUGCUCAAGGCUCUGGAACGAGAGAAGGUUCUAGAGGUUCUUCAGAGGGACAAACUUCUGCGCAGCACGGAGGAGGACAGGAUCAGGAGGCUGAAGAUGGAACUACAGGACAUCCGGAGGAAAGGUGCAAAGAGUUUUGCCCGGCAAUACAGCGAGAGGACGUGCGCCCGUUGUCAGAGGCCACUGGGCAAGUUCUGGAACUCGGGCGCUGUGUGCCGAGGCUGCAGUCACUGCAUCUGCAACAAGUGCCGCGUGGGCGUGUCCGCGCUGGACUGGAAGUGCACCGUCUGCCACGCCUACAGAGAGGUGAAGUUCAGGUCUGGGGAGUGGUUUGUGGAAGAGAGGGCCAAGAAAUUUCCACCUGAUGCAGGGUUCUCCAGAUCACAGGAGGAUGUGCGAGUGGAACAGGAUCUGCUUACAGUGUACAACAGCCGGGGACAGAGUGCUGGCCAGAAAAGCCUCUCUGACACGAACAUCAACAAAUCCACCAAUCUAACCAAAGGCCCCAGUCUUCCCAACCUGUUCAGGAAGAGCCGGAAUGAUGACCAAAGCGGUUCCUCAUCGGGGGCUGAUGAGGACAUUUCCCUCGGCUCAGAGUACUUAGAGGGAAAGAGGGGUAGUAGUGCUAGUAGCACUGGUACAGACUGUGAUCUCUUGGAGAUCGGCAGUGUGAUGGGAGAGCUAGAGCUCGCCAUUGCCUUCAACGACAGCACUUCCUGCCUGGAGAUCACAAUCAACGGCUGCAGAAACUUGGCCCACGGAGAUGUCAAGAGGAAGAAGUGUCAUCCGUAUGUAAAAGUUUAUCUACUGCCGGAGAAGUCUCCGAGCAGCAAACUGAAGACGACUGUCAAGAGGAACACGACGGAUCCCAUUUAUAAUGAAGUUUUACAGUGCCAGAUGGAGCACCCCCUGUUGUCCAGGAGUACUCUGCAGGUGUCUGUGUGGCACUCUGGGACUCUGAAGAAGGUGUUUCUGGGAGAGGUUCUCAUCCCUCUGGAGGGGUGGAUGUUUGAGGAGAGCACCACCCAGGGCUCCAGCUGGUACCCCCUGUGUCCCAAGCCCGAGAGCCCAGAAAGGAGUAGAGUAGAGCAGGAUACAGCAGGAGAACUCCUGGUCAGAGUGAAGUUCAGCUCCAUGUCCCAGCCGUCCUGGGUUUGCCACACAGAUGAGGUUCACAUUGGACCACAUGACGUUGGCCAACUGACUGUUCUCGUCACUGGUGUCAAAAACCUACCCACUAAAGCAAACACCUGUCAGAACACCUAUGUUAAAGGGUGCUUGACUCUCCCCGGUUCCAGGGAGCUGGUCCAGAGGAGCCCUGUCCUGAAGAAGAAGCCCAGUCCAGAGUGGUCUCACCAGCUGCUCUUCAGCAGGGUCACACCUUACGACCUCCAGAUCUGCACUCUGGAGCUGGACCUCUGGAACCAUAUCCCCUUCACCUUCUCAGACCGUCUCCUGGGCUGGGUUAGAAUGGAAGCUGGGUCGUCAUGGCAACUGGUGCUGCAGAGGCCCAACAUGUGGCAUGACUUCAGUUUACCCAUGCAAGCCAAUGUCAACAGCAGGAGAACAUGA